AUGUCCGCACAAGAAAAUACCGAUAAGCCCGUUCCCCAAGUUCCAGAAGAGAACACUGCUGAAGGCACCAAACCAUCUCCUUCUACCUCUUCCCCUGCAACACGUCGUCUUUCGGUGUUGAUCAACAAGGCUAAAAAGUCCAUCUCUCAAGCUGCUGACAAGGUUUCCUCGCCUACAGAAGCCAAGUCAUCUGAACCUGCCACUACUACUGAAAAUGCUGGUACAUCGGAUGAGCCUGUUGCUGCUGCUGCCAAUCCAACAACCGAAGCCACCACCACUACAUCGGAUGGUGCCGAAAAGCGGCGAUCACGUUUGGUUGAAAACUUUGAAAAUUUCUUCCAUCGCAGCAAGACCCCAGCUCAGGAACAAGCCCAAAAUGAGCAUCCUAGUGAAGAACAUGCUGCUUCACCUGCUGUUGAAGACACAUCAGCAGCAGCUGCUGGUGCUGCCCCUUCAUCUCCUACCAAGGAUUCGAUGGUGGAUCAAAUGAAGCGUAACCCAUUGAUUAAUCGCUUCUUUACGAAAAAGGAAGAGACAGCACCUACAACAACAGACGCAACCGAAACAUCAGCUGCUGAGCCCAAACCUGACGAAGAACCAAAGGCUACCGGAAGUGGUGCUCAACUUGGUCGACGUCUCACUCAAAUCUUGCGAUCCCUUCCCAAAGGCAAAAAGAAGACCACCACAUCCUCGGGAUCUUCAUCAUCAUCCACCCAUCAAGAUGAAACCCCUGCUGCUCAAUCACACCCUGCUGCUGCAGCAACUGCUACCACACCCACUGUGCAAGCAACAGCUUAA